AUGAACGGGGACGUUGAUUCCCUCCCCAACGACGCUAAUGAAUGGUUCCACCUCGACGAGGAUGGCCAUCUCAUUCACCACGUCGACACCAAUCCCACCAACGUAGGCGUCAACGACGAACAGGCCGAGCAAGCAAACUGCCCGAGUAAGACAACGAAACACCUCAAAAUACACCUGUCUCGUCGCCGAUCCUGCUGCGAAGAGACAGUUGUACGUCCAUGCGGUGUCAUUGUCGGCCGUGCAACUCUUAACGGCGCUGAAGCCGUGUCAAACGUGUUGCAUUUUGUUAAAACAUUGUUCAGCAUCCCUGGCGCGCGAAAGCCGGAACACUGGAUCUACGACACCGCGUGCGAUGCCAAACAGCAGGCUAUGAAGGAUCCGUGGUGGGAUACCGUUGGCAUGUCGGUCGACGUAUUUCACUUCCUCAACAAACAUAAGACGACGCACGAUUUUUGCCAGCGCUACUGCAACCCUGCACUGUUUCCCGAGCUUCUCAAAGACGACGGCAGCGGUUGGUGGUUCAACUCCAGCAUCGCCGAGCAGGUCAACGUGUGGUUGGGCUCUUAUCAUUCGAUGGUUCGCGAAAUGACGCCGGUACGAUUUAACUUCUUCCUCGACGAGAUGGUUCGUCUUCGUAACAUAGACGUUGUGCAGAGGCUGAAUGCCCAAAAGCUCAACCCAUGCCAUUCCCCUAUGCCUAAGCAGUAGAUUAUCAAUUACACAUUUU